AUGCCUCCUGUCGCAGCCAUUCCCGGCGGCCAGCAUGGGCCGUCCACAACUGAUAAGCUCAAGAUGGGCGCCAUGAUGGGUGGAAGCGUUGGCGUCAUUAUCGGGUUCCUCUACGGUACCGUCAACAUCUUCCGAUAUGGAGCAGGCGCGAACGGCAUCAUGAGGACGCUGGGGCAGUACAUGGCAGGAUCUGGAGCCACAUUUGGUUUCUUCAUGAGCAUCGGCAGCGUCAUCCGGUCAGACGCCGACCCCAAGUUCCACGACCUGUAUAUGCAGGCACAGCGACGUCCUAUAAUUUGGCAGGCGCACCCUGCCUGGCGACACAACGACUGA